UAGUCAGAGCCAGCAAGCUGCGGCGGGUAAGCGAGUACGCUUACUGUGUACUGGUAGUAGGGAAGUAUUUCGACUGAGUGCGCGGAAAUUGAUAUCAUAUCGGAAUAGUUCUGUUCUGUUUGGGCUCCCUUUCCUUACAUAGCGGUGUCGUUAGAGAAAGGACCACAGACGACCAGGAGGAUGAGCGAAGAGCAGCAUCCUAAGGAAUGCCCGGCUGAAGAGAACGAGGUGCUCAAGCGGCAAGCAGACGGGAACGGAGAGGGCGAUGGACACGUGAAGAGACUGAAAGCUAGUCCGUCUGAACAAGAAGAGAGGAAAUAUCCCAAGAGAAAAGUGGUCCUGCUCAUGGCAUACUCUGGAAAGGGCUACUAUGGCAUGCAGAGAAAUGUAGGAUGCUCCCAGUUUAAAACCAUCGAAGAUGACUUAGUCACGGCCCUGGUGAAGUCAGGGUGCAUUCCCGAAAAUCAUGGGGCUGACAUGAAGAAAAUGUCCUUUCAGAGAUGUGCAAGGACUGACAAGGGAGUUUCUGCAGCAGGUCAGGUUGUGUCUCUCAAGCUUUGGCUGAUAGAUGACAUCUUGGACAAGAUCAACAGUCAUCUGCCGUCACAGAUCAGGGUGCUGGGACUUAAACGAGUAACCGGUGGUUUCAACUCCAAGAACAAAUGUGAUGCCAGGACAUACUCCUACAUGCUCCCCACCAUUGCCUUUGCCCCAAAAGAGCUGGACCAUGAGAACGGCAGCUUCCGUCUGGAGAAGGAAACCCUGGAGAGGGUUAACCGGCUGUUCCAGUGCUACAAGGGCACGCACAACUUCCACAACUUCACCUCCCAGAAGGGUCCUCGGGACCCCAGUGCCCGCCGAUACAUCAUGGACAUGGUCUGUGAGGAGCCCUUCGUUCGGCGAGGCAUGGAGUUUGCCGUCAUCAAGGUGAAGGGCCAGAGCUUCAUGAUGCAUCAGAUCCGCAAGAUGAUUGGCUUGGUGAUCGCCGUGGUGAAGGGCUACACUGGCGAAUCGAUUCUAGAGAAGAGCUGGGGCGAGGAGAAAGUGGACAUCCCCAAAGCCCCGGGGCUGGGCCUGGUGCUGGAAAAGGUGCACUUUGAGAAGUAUAACAGGCGUUUCGGGGAUGACGGGGUGCACGAGCCCUUGGACUGGACCCAGGAGGAGGCAAAGAUCUCUGCUUUUAAGGAGGAGCACAUCUACCCCACCAUUGUGGAGACGGAGCGUGAGGAGAAGUCCAUGCUGAGCUGGUUGAGAACUUUGCCCAUUCAUGACUUUGAAGCCACUGCUGCAGGGCCACAGGAUAACAACAGAUACUCUACACAGGAUGAUGACGAAGAUGGCAAUGGAUCUGAUUAAAUGAUUGGUGAAACUGGAUGACCUCUCAAGAUUGCAUUGCUCGCUGUUUGCUGUUGAAGAAGCAGUUUAUCUUCCAACAUUUUUAAGAUAAUACUCAGGUUCUUUUCAAGCUGGAUAUUAACAAUUAUUUUAUUAUGUGGACAA